AUGCUCCAAUGGAGCCAGGAUCGGCGCCGCGGCCAUGAACAGCGACUGAGGCACGGAGCUUCCUACCACGAGGGACGCCACCGCCAAGUUGCCGAGUCGUACAACAAUCGCUUCUAUGAACGUGAAGACACCGAUAGAAGUCCUGGUACUUCGUCCAAACGACAUCCUAAACGCGGUGUCGUCUCGGAUCUCGCUUCGUUUCACGAAGAAGAGUACGUCAACUUCUUGAAGGUCCGUCGGGACAUGCGUGCAUCGCAGCCGCAUGAUCGAGGCAAAUGGAAAUGCAUGGGAACAGAAUUUGUGGACGGGGCCGAGCAUGCUUCUUCCCUGCACAUUGCGGCGCAUCCAGAUGCUAAGUUUGCGAUCGAGCGGCAGUUUUGGGCGUGGUGUGGUCGGGAAGUGACUUUGGAAAAGCUGGUCGUUGACUCUCCCGCCCCACCGUCAUUUGACGGCAUUUCGCUUGACGACGACAUGCAUCCAGUCAAUAUGAGUCCCGACCCGACUGAGCUGCCGCCAUCGCUCUCCAAGGACGCUGCGUCAGGCGAGAAGCCGCCUGCAUUUCCACCAAAUUCCAUUCCAGAGGAAACGUCGCCGGGCAAACCAACCAUUUCCGCCCCAUCGUCACAGCCGCUUGACCCUCCAGCGACAACGCCCGCCGCCGAGACAUGA